AUGUCUCGCCUCAUUGACAGACUCCCCAUGCCUGAAAAGGUGAGGGAGAAGGAGCUAAUUGUCUUCAGCCGCAGCCGUGUUGGAACUUUCUCUCUGUAUCAAGCUCUCCAGAUGCUCGGAUACAAGCCCUACCACAUGUACGAAGUAGUCCAACAGGGUAUUACCCAUCUCCAGCUAUUCGAAGAGUCUCUACGGUGCAAAUACCUGGGCGCUGGAAAACCAUACGGCAAGGCCGAAUUUGACAAGUGGCUCGCCAACUACGAUGCCAUCAUCGAGAUCCCUCAGUUCUUUAUCGAAGAGUUUAUCGAAUUCUACCCCAAUGCGAAAUUCAUGAUUGUCGAGCGCGAUGUCGAUGCCUGGGAACGAUCCGUAUACAACAGCAUCGCAGAGCCCAUCGAGGCGGGAAAGAAAUUCCCCUUGAAUGUUAUCCAAUACAUUGACUCUUUCAUCAAAGUAUUUGUUACUCUUCAUGAUGCAUUUGAGCAGGUCAUGUUCCAUGGAAAGGGCCUGAGAGCGGGCAUGGAGGACGCGAAGAGAGAUAACGUCUUGGACGCCGAAAAGGUGAAGAGAUUGGCUCCAAAUGAUCAGCUUCUGGCAUGCACUCUAGAAGGCGGAUUUGGCUGGGAGCAAAUUUGUCCUUUCCUCGACAAGGAGAUUCCUAAGCAGCGCUACCCUAAAGGUAAUGCGCCGGCCGAGUUCCAGGCGCUUUUGAAGAACGUGAUUGGACCUCAUGUUAGAAACUCGAUGCUCAAGGUGUUGGGGACGGCACUGGUGCCUGUGGUUGGAGUGGCCAUGUUGACUUAUAUGAAGUAG